ACUCAUGCAGCGCCAGUUCAGCAGUGCAGGCAUAGCGCGACACUAGCGCCAAACUGAAACGAAUGCUGAAGUGCAGGUAGUGCAGGCCUUCUGCUGGUCUUGGCGCUUCGCCAGCUGCACGUCGACUUUUGUUUAUGGAUUGAUCCAGCCUGCCCGCGUUUAGGCGAAAGUGUUUUGAAGGGUGUACAGGCUGGUUGAUAUGGUGGAAAGCGCUAUGGAUUGCGGCGCAUCGUCUGCAGCCAUCGUUCAAACAGUAAUUGAGCUGAUGGACUCGGACAGUGAAGACGAGGACUUCGACGAUAUUGUCACAAUUCUAGCGCUGAAGCUAACUAGGUUGCAACGCAAUAGAAUUCCUAAGUACUGUGAAGAAGUCGUGAGUCGCUACUUUGAUUUUGAAUUUAAAAGACUUUUCCGCCUAUCGCGCGAGACGUUUGACAGACUUGCUACCGGAUACAUGGCGUCGCCGUUCUUCCCGAGCGCGACAAGAAGAGGACGUCCAAGGGUUAGUGCCGAAAAGACAUGCUUGGUGGUUUUGUGUUACUUGGGUGGACAGUGCAGUACGUACUCUUUGGCUGACCGCUUCGACCUUGCCGUGUCGACUGUACACAGCUGUGUCGUGCGAAUGUUGGAUUUCCUCAACAGUGUCAGUGAGGAGGUUAUUGCGUGGCCUGGCCGGCAGGAGCAGGAGCGCAGCAAGGCGAGCUUCCUUGCAAAAACCGGUGGCAAGGGGCCCCAAAACACAGUAGGCUGUAUUGAUGGCUGCCACGUCGAGAUCAACAAGCCGACGGAAUCUCCUCAUUCUUACUACAACCGAAAGAAGUGGCCUUCAAUUGUGCUGCAAGGCAUUGUCAAUGACAGAAACAAGUUCCUGGAUGUAUUUAUUGGAUUCCCUGGCUCGGCACACGACGCAAGGGUGCUGCGUGAAAGCCCUUUCUUUGAAGAAGCCGCGUUGAAAUGCUGCAAUGGAUAUAUCCUUGGAGAUUCAGCAUAUCCCCUCCUACCAUGGCUGAUGACGCCUUACCGAGACAACGAGGCUACUUUCCCGUCGUGGAAGAAAAAGUUCAACGUGGUUCAUUCGCAGCAAAGAGUUGCAGUUGAGAAUGCUUUCGGAUUGCUAAAGCAGCGCUUCAGGCGGCUGUAUCUCGUCGAUGCUGCAAGCAUCAAACAGUGCGUACUUACUGUCAUGGGUGCAUGUGUUCUGCACAACUUGUGCAACGAAGAGAGAGAUUUUUUUGACGAACUGCGGCAGCUGCCAGUGCAAGAAGAAGUUGUCAAUGAUGAAGACACCGAUAUCUUCAUUGACCGUGGUGUGGCAGGUUUCAGCGAGAGCUUGCGAGAAAAUAUUGCUCAGAAUCAGUGCUGAUGCUGUAUACAUUUGAGUGUACACAUCAAGCAUUUUUUGUCAUGGGCAUGUGUGCACAAGUGCCAACAGCAAAGAACAGUGUAUUGAAUAGCACAUCCAUUUCUGGUACCUGCAGGGCUGAUACACUGCCUUCAUAGCUAUUCUAACUACUCUUAUAGUCACUGCAGCUAUGUACAAGGUGUGGAUGCACAGUUGUUGAAUUUGAAUGUUGCUGAAAGUUAAUGCCAUUAGCUAUUGACCCAAUAGAGAAAGUCAAUAAAUGGUUAAUGCAUGUU